AUGUUUCAAUUUGAUGGCGGCAAGAAGGAGAGGGAGACAUGCUUUGUAACUCAUGGGGCAAUGGGUCACUUGGACCCGGCGCAGCCGCCUGUGAGGAGGAAGCCGUACUCGACGAUUUUGGCUGUGCCAUUCGCUGAGCUGAUCUUGCCGCAAGAGCUAUAUGAGAGUAUCCAGAUUGAUAUGGACAGUAAAUUUUCAGUGCCUACCUAUUCACGUGUUAUCCUGCCACUGGCCGAGUUGCUAUCCGGAGACUUUUUUACAGAGUAUAUUAAGAAGGGCAAUAUCCUCAUGCUCUCUGAAGGAAAGCAAGGGGUCAAUGAUGUCUACUCGUUACGAGAUGGUGUUCUGACCUUGGCGCUGGAGAAGGAGAGUUACGAGAGAGCGGGCUUGGCUGGGGAGCCUGAUGGCGCGAAGGGGAAGAGAGGUGCUCGCGCAAGAUGGCUUGUGGAGAUUAACCUGCGCCAACCUUCGAUGCUGCAUGGGAAGAAGGGGUUUGAUAGGAUAGUCUACGCAUUCAAGAACGUGUUGAACAAACCCGUCACAUGGCUGUUUUGCAAUUUGGAAGGCGAAGGUCCCUCCAUCUCCGGAUCCCUUGGCCAAACAUUUUCCCGUCAAGAUCAACUGUCCCCCAAGUAUAACUCGUGGCCCAGUAGUUAA